AUGGAAGCCGCGAAGGAAUCGGAGCCAUCGAGAAUUCUGGAUGCCAUCCUCCCUCCGCGCCUUGAAGUCGACGGCCGUGAAGGCUCGGCGCUUCCUCCUGAAUCCUUCCAGGACGCCUUAGCCAGGGCCGCCGCCACCGUGAAGUCACACGCUGCCUCGAUCUUCACCCCCGACCACAGGGAUGACUGCAUGGACGACCCGUGGCCCGUUGCCGAGGGCCCGGCCGACGUCAUAACCGGGGAGCCGCUAGGAGGCCACGAGCCCGAUCAGCCGUGCACGACGGAGAAAGGCAGCAGCGGAGGAAGAGGACAGGUCGGUGGGGACGUGGUGGUCCCAGGCAUGAGCGGCGAGGGAGACGAGGUGGUGGUGGUGGGCAAAGGGGCGGAGGAGGACGACGACAGAGGAGCUUGCGUGGACGGCCUCCAAGGGCUGGAGAUCGGGGAGAGAGGCCAGAACAGCGGCGGCGACAACGGCGACGAGGAAGGCGGUGAUGAGGAGCCAAUACUAGUCUUAGGCGUUGUGUAA